CGAAAAAUCGCCUUUGCUCCCUGGAAAACCCAUUCCACUUCAGUUCCUUUUCCACUUCGGCACCAAACACUCGAUUUUGUGUCUGCUCCAGGGCCAAUAACUAUACACCACUCCCCCCCAAAAAAAGUAAAAAGAGCACACGUUUCGGAAAACCUAAACCAAGUCAAGAUGUGUGGUGGCUGGGCCUGUGCCUCCUACAAUAUCGCCUGCUGCAAUCCCCGUCUGUCGACACUGCGAUUCUCUGGCCGCUGUUUCGCACCCACGCCCUGCGGUCCAUGUGAUGACUGCUCCAUUUACGGCGGUUGCUGCGGCGGCUGCUGCGGGUGCUAGCU